ACACUGCCGGAGCGUCUGGCUCGAGAAGAUGAAGAUGAUUUCCGUGCUUUUUAACGCUCUCGUGCUGCUGUCGGCGUUGGGCCGAACUGGGGCAAGAUACCGAACAACAUCAUCGCCCUAUACAACCCCUUCAGGCCCCACCACAGACCUGCGUGGUCGAAUGUUUACAGUGUCGAACGGCGGGGGAUUCACCAUGUACACACACGUGGUCUCUCCCUACUCCUCUCCCUCCCCCACUGCCUACACCUCUCCUUCUCCUUCCACUUCUCCUUCACCCUCCUCUCCAUACACCUCAUAUCCCUACACUACCUCCUCUCCCUCUCUCUCUGCUCUGACUGUGUGUCUGCGUUACAUGGCCGAGGAGGACUUUAGUCCUAAUUUCUUCAGACUCACUCAGGGGUACAACUGGAACCUAUUACUGGAAAGGCAUAACGGGCAGGACCGCCUAUCCACCCUUUACUCCCGCCAGUCCUUCAGCACCUACAGGCUGUUCUCGAAGUACAUCACAGACAUAGAGCCCCGCCCCUGGACCAGCCUGUGUGUUACUUGGGAAACAGAGACGGGUGUGGCCCAGGUGUGGAGGGGCGGUACUGUCAGCGUCAGGAAGAGAGUGCUUGGCCAGAUGACCAGUGAACCUCCUGUCCUGAACGUGUAUCAGUUUGAGGGCCAGGUAACUGACGUGGAAAUGUGGGACAGAGUCCUCUCCUCGAGCUGGAUACUGGACUACAUGUCUGGGUGGUAUUACAACCCAAGCUACUACCACUACACCCCUGGUAACCUGCUGACCUGGUCCAAGGCCAUCUACUCCACCACUGGAGACGUCCUCCUGGAGGGAAACACCUACAACUCUGACCAUCAGCCUAUCAGAGGUCAGCACCAACCCCCAGGACCAAUGAGAGGGAAGAGAAAGAGGACGUGUUUGAAGGGAGGGCGCAGAGAGAGAGGGCGUGGCUUUAGGGGAGAGUAGUGAUUGCCACUAACCCUUAUUUUAGAUUAGAAGAUGCCUAUAAAAGGUCUACACACCUUUGAACUUUUCACAUUUUGUUGUGUCAGUGCAUGCAUUUAAACAAGGAUUUUUUCCACUUAUCUACACAUUAUACUCCACACCUUUAAGGGGAUUUUUUUUUAAAUUGUGUUAAGAAGUAUGUAUUAAAAAUACUAAACACUGAAAUAUAAUUGGAUAAGUCUUCACCCCCCUGAGUUAAUACUUGGUGGAAGCACAGUUGGCAGCAAUUACAGCUGUGAGUCUGUUGGGAUAGGUUUCUACCAACUUUGCACACCUAAAUAUGGCAAUAUUUGACCAUUCUUCUUCACAAAACUGUUCAAGCUCUGUCAAGUUCCUUGGGGAGCAUUGAUGGAGAGCAAUCUUCAAGUCAUGCCACAAAUUUUCAAUUGGAUUUAGGUCUGGGCUCUGACUGGGCCACUCAAGGACAUUUACCUUUUUAUUCCUUAGCCACUCCACUGUAGCUUUGGCUGUGUGCUUUGGGUCCAUGUCAUGCUGAAAGGUGAACUUCCGCCCCAUUUUCAGCUUUUCUGUACAUUCCUUUUCUGUACAUUCCUUUUCCCUUCUAUCCUGAUAAGUGCCGAUGAGAAACAUUCCCAUAACAUGAUGCUGCCACCACCAUACUUCACAUUAGGGAUGGUGUUCUUUGGGUGGUGCCAUGUUGAGUUUGUGCCCAACGUAACGCUGUGCAUUUAGGCCAAACAUUUCCAUUUAAGUUUUGUCAGACCCAAAGCUUUUUGCCACAUGGCUACAGAAUCUCCCUACUAUUUUUUUGCAUACUUCAAACGGGAUUCAAAGUGGGCUUUCUUGAGUAAUGGCUUCCUUCUUGCCACCCUACCAUACAUGCCAGAUUUGUAGAGUGCUUGGGAUACUGUUGUCAAAUGCAGACUUUGAUCAGUCUUGGUCAUAAAAGCCUGUUGCUCUUUCAAAGUUGCCAUUGGACUCUUGGUAGCCUCUCUGAUCAGUCUCCUACUUGCUCGGGCAUCCAGUUUGGAGGGACAGCCUAGGCCGGGUCUUGGUGGUGCCAUACACCUUCUACUUCUUAGUAAUUGUCUUGACCGUGCUCCAAGGGAUAAUCAAGGCCUUUUAAAUAUUUUUAUAUCCAUCCCCUGAUCUGUGCCUUUCCACAACUUUUUCCCGGAGUU